CCCCCUUUAUGAGUGGCCCUGCACUUGGCGAGCCCGCACGGAGUGAUGUCACUUGCUGUGCGCGUGCAGCUGAGCGGUUCCUUUUCCCUCCAAAUUAGCCCGACGGUUGGAUUUGCUCCUUUGAUGCUAACGCCAAACAACGACGACGUUGUGUGUGUGUUUUUUUUAAGUUUAUAGCGGUGUUUUUAUUUUUUGGGGCUUUUUUUCCAACAUGUACUCUGGACGGAACUUCUGGAACGACAGUUUAGUCUGUCAGGUCUGCCGCUCCAAAUACAGAAAGUUCCAGGAUUUCAAGAGCCAUAUCAGGUCAAUCAGUCAUCGACAGAAAAUGAAUGAAGUAUUCCAGACAGAAUCACCUGACUGUUACAGCUAUCUUCCCAACAUUGUCAUUAUAGAUGGAGCCACCCGACAGAACAGUCUACAACCCUUCCUAGGUCUUCAACUGCUGACUGUCUGUUUUAAUCCCGGAGCGAACCGCAUUUUUUACCUGUGCCACAUCUGUGAAGAAAUGUUGCCGGACACUCAGAUAGUAUCUCACCUUACCUCCGUUUGCCAUAAAGUCAACUACUGUAACUACACCGAUCCAAAUAUGCUUGGAUUCUCCUGGAUGCCCGGCAAAGACUUAAGGGUCAAUCUAGUUAGGCGGAAAAUGACAAAUCUGUCAGGACAGAUCCAGAUGUUGAAUUUGCCUGAAAAGCUGUUUGCAUUGUACAAAACGUAUAGCUACUCUGAAGUGAUGCACUCUCUCAGUGAAUUUGACAGUCUUCCCAAGCUGCUGGAAGACCCUGGGCAAAAGAGGGUGACUAUACGAGAGUACCAAGCAGAUGCCCAAAGAAAGUAUCCACUUCUUGGCAUGCAGCACCUUGUUGAAUGCACGUGUAAGGAGACUGAGAGGACGCAUUACCUAUGCACCCUCUGUGAACAGACGCUGGCCGCCCACGCUGUCAUCAAACACGUCCUGAGCUUUGACCACCUCCAAUGUUACUUUAAAGCCACUUCCCCCUCCAUCCUGCUGCCCGAGCAGUGUUCCUCGUCUGACUUCAUGUCUAAGAUGCUCAGUUUGGCAAAGAAAGCGGCGAAGGAUCACAGAGCUGCACACGCAAACAUUAAGCAACUGAGUGUGGAGCCUGAUGUUUUUGCAUCAGUCAGUAACUCCUGUUACAAAGCCGCUUUGAACAUCAUCCCAUUGGAAAAUGAUGGUGAUAGCUUGAAAACCUGUGUGGAACCUGUGGCCCCACUGGAUACGUCUGCUCCGACGUACAAAAUACGUUGUCAGAACUGUGCCAGAACCUUUGAGCAAGAAGACAAUUAUUUUCAGCACGUGCGAGCUUACUCCCACAAAAUGAUGAAGAAACUCUGGAGUCGGGAACAGGGUAAUAACACCAGCAACCACAAGGCCACGGCUGAAAGUGCAGACAUCUCAGAAGGUCAGAAACAAGUUCAGGAUCUACUCCAGGAACUCUAUGGCAGCUUGGCUCCAGGCAUUUCCCUGCUGGUGAUGUGUAACAUCACGGACGCAAAGACGACCACGGUCGUUUGUGUCUGCUUCGCUUGCGAAGAUGCUUUCCCCAAGGCGCUGCUUCAAGACCACUUGCACUCACCAAAACACCUCGUACAAACACUGUUCUAUCUGAAUCCCUGGCGAUUGCCGUUUGCCUGGCAAGAAGCUCCAGACCUCCAGUUCCUGGAGUCGCUGGUGGUGACGGAAGAGAAGGAAAGGGGAUGGAAGCAGACCAUUCUUCGGGUGAUGGAUGUGCCUGCCUCGGCGUUGAAUGACCUCAGCCAGUUAAGUUUCAACACAGUGUUGGAGAGAUUUGGGCCUCACCACGAAAUCCUGAAACGAAACAUUCCGCCUUCCCACACGUCUCUCGGAGGCAAGCGCUUGCCUCUGCUGGGGUCUGCCUUUCUGGUGAUGCACGACUCCUACGACGAGUCCCGCCAGGUCACGACCGUUUCGGGUCUGUGUCUGCUGUGCGAGAAGCGGCUGACUGAUACGGAACGCUCCACUCACAUUUUCAGCUUGCAGCACAUCCGGAAGUAUCUCGUGCAAUGCAACCCUGAUCUGGUACCCUUUCCCAACGAUACGAGAAUACUGCUGAACCUGGCAAACAAGGCUGCUGCCAGUCACGGUGUAUCACAUGUGCAGGAAGUGAAGUUGCAGAGGCCGCUGACGGAACCUUUCACAUUCAACACAGCAAGAUGGAUCUUGAUGCGCCAAGGUGCCCUUCACCCUGCAAUCGUACCUGGAGUACUAUUGAUCCCUACAGAAACCCAGAUGGCACGCAAGCAAGGGUACAAGUCGACAACACCUGACCCUUGGAAGAGUCAGAACGUGAAGUCCGGCACAGCUGAUGAAGGCCGCGUUGAGAAAGCGUCAGCGACCUCUGUGAAGACUGAUUGGCAAACUAACGAGAAGCCAAAAAGCUGCCACAUUCCGGCUAAAGCUGAGGUGAAAAAAGGACCGAGCAAACAUGUCCAAAUGAUCACCAGCCGAGUCGGUGACCGAAAAAGGUCAAACGCCAUCCAGAAGACAGCAGACAGCUCCGAAGACACGCCAUGUGAAGGAACGCUGAAGAUGGACACUGCAGCCAUCAAGGACAAAGAAUCGAAAGCAGUGAUCAGUAACGUCUCGGAAGCAAAUCUUGAGCAGGAAAUGGCCCAUAAGAGACGACGACUCGACUCCCAAGAGAGUGCACCGUGUGAAGGAAAGCCAAAGAUGGGUGCGCGGAUCAGUGAACGCUUUGACCCCCAUAUGGCACACGGAGCUCAGCAGCAUACUAAAAAGGAAAAUACCCUGACGUCUGAGCCCCGAGAAACCCAUGUGACUCUUUCCAAAAGCACAUGCAGCACCAAAGUGACCCCGUUGACCAAUACGACUACUCCCAAAUUGCCAACAUCUGCGGCAGGUACAUUUGGAUUCACAAGCAGCCCGAAAUUGAUUGACGCCAAGGCAUUGACUAUAAAUGUCGACAAAAACACAGCCAGCGUCGCCCACAAAACGAGAGAAUGUAACAAUUCCUCCAGCACCGCGCUGAAUGUGGCAAAAACCCAAAGUGCUUCCAAGUCUGCAGCAAACACCAAGUCCUCGGUACCGAUCGCCAAAUCCACAUCAAGCACGCCUAGCGCAGUCUGUGCUGCGACAAGCUCUCAUUUCACCGCAGCAACAAUGGCUGCCACCAAGCCAACUGCACCCACCACCGGUUGUAAUACAACAUCCAUAACCAAGAACACGGCACCUACUACCGAUGCUGCAGUGACGUCAGCCUCCACUAAGACCAUACCAACUACUCUACUGGGUUUCAGUAGGGUGACUGCAACAAACUACAAUGCAGCUUCAAACGUAACCAAGAACACGGCCCCUACUACCGAUGCUGCAGUGACGUCAGCCUCCACUAAGACCAUACCAACUACUCUACUGGGUAUCAGUAGGGUGACUGCAACAAACUACAAUGCAGCUUCAAACGUAACCAAGAACACGGCACCUACUACCGAUGCUGCAGUGACGUCAGCCUCCACUAAGACCAUGCCAACUACUCUACUGGAUGUCAGUAGGGUGACUGCAACAAACUACAAUGCAGCUUCAAACGUAACCAAGAACACGGCACCUACUACCGAUGCUGCAGUGACGUCAGCCUCCACUAAGACCAUACCAACUACUCUACUGGAUGUCAGUAGGGUGACUGCAACAAACUACAAUGCAGCUUCAAACGUAACCAAGAACACGGCCCCUACUACCGAUGCUGCAGUGACGUCAGCCUCCACUAAGACCAUACCAACUGCCACUAGUAGCACAAAAUCCAGUUUCGUGAUUGCAAAGGCGACAAAGACCGCUGCGCCGACCGCUUCCUGUGAUGCAACAAGUCUGCAACUGUCUGCAACGCCUACCACCGGUUCGAUCACAACUUCCUCUCCAGCAGCAACAACCACCAAGUCUGCAACAAGCCAUCAAAGGACUGCACCGCCGAGCUCAGUCGCUAAAGCUCCACCCACAACGUCUCCAUCACGACACCAGAAAGCACCAGAAGGCAGAACAGGAGCGGAGGCCGCAUCGAAUGAAACGCAACCCCACCCUCGCAGAGCAUCCACGGGCACGCGUGAAGUCCCUUGGGGAACUGCACAGGGGGAAAGGAGAAGUUCGGAGAAAUCCACACACACGAUCGUCACGCUUGGAGCGACUGCAGAUCGAAGUGAAAAUGCUAAGAAAGUACUUGUGAAGGACGCCGGGGGGUCUAAUUCGGAUGCAGAACCAAGUAUGCAGAAGAGUAACCUUUGUGCCAGACAGCCAAUCAAAGCCAAGCCAUCACAAAGCAAGGUCAAGCCAAGUCUUCCUAAAAUUGGCUUAAGCUACAUAGUUGUGGUGAACAGCGAAGGAAGGAAGCAGUCCUACUGCACUUUGUGCCGCAUCCGAUUGGAACGGUCUAGUCACCCACUGGAAAACUUUCAUCAGUAUAACUAUGUGAAAUUAAGGUUCCCGGACUUGAAUGAUGAGCAGAUGAUGAGCAUCAACAUGGAGAUGUUUGUGAGCAGCAUGGCUACGGUAGAAAAGUGCGUGGGACUUCGGUCCAUCCAGACGAUAGACGUGACAAACGACCAAUACAAUGAGCUGUCUGAUCUUCCAGAAGCCGAAGCUUUACACAGAUUAGAAACUGACUUCCGAGUGCCACCAUGCUCCAAGAAUAGCACUUCAUUGGCUUUAAGACGACGGGUUUCCACUUCCCCGUCACAGGACUUUUCAAGCCCAGAAUAUGACACGCUACAGGACAGGUUUGAGGCCAUUACAGAGUCCGACACUGAAGUCAAGGCCCAAACUCCUGCAGAAUUAGACUUAGAACCUGAACACACCAGCGUUGCUCUUCCACUCGCUGACCCGGAGCCUGCUGAAGCAACCGAAUCCCGAGUGGAAAUGGACACAUCCAAAGAGCAGCAGGGGAUUGGAGAUUGCGGUUUUAAGUCUGCCAAGGCGACUCAGGGAGGCUGUAAUGACCGGUCAACAUCUGCAUCCCUGGGACCAGAUCCGUCUCCAGCUUCAAUGACCACAAAGGAGCGGAAUCUGGAAGUCUCUGAUGAGAAAUUACCAUCAUUGUUUCUGGCGCCGGAUCAGUCUGCUGAUUCUGUGACCAGAGAACAACCGAAUCUGGAAGUCUCCAAUGGGAAGUCCUCAUCAGUGUUGCUGGUACCGGACCCACAUCCUGCUUCAGUGACCGUAGAACAACAGAAUCUGAAAGUCUCCAAUGGGAAGUCCUCAUCAGUGUUGCUGGGACCGGACCCACAUCUUGCUUCAGUGACCAUGGAACAGAAUUUGGAAGUCUCCAAUGGGAAGUCAUCAGUGUUGCUGGGACCGGACCCAGAUCCUGCUUCAGUGACCAGAGAACAGAAUUUGGAAGUCUCCAAUGGGAAGUCAUCAGUGUUCCUGGGACUGGAUCAGUCUGCUGCUUUAGUGACCAGAGAACAACAGAAUCUGAAAGUCUCCAAUGGGAAGUCCUCAUCAGUGUUGCUGGUACCGGACCCACAUCCUGCUUCAGUGACCAUAGAACAACAGAAUCUGAAAGUCUCCAAUGGGAAGUCCUCAUCAGUGUUGCUGGGACCGGACCCACAUCCUGCUUCAGUGACCAGAGAACAGAAUUUGGAAGUCUCCAAUGGGAAGUCAUCAGUGUUCCUGGGACUGGAUCAGUCUGCUGCUUUAGUGACCAGAGAACAACAGAAUCUGAAAGUCUCCAAUGGGAAGUCCUCAUCAGUGUUGCUGGGACCGGACCCACAUCCUGCUUCAGUGACCACAAAACCAUGUAAUCCAGUUGGAAGCUGCCAGAAGGCUGAAAGACCGUCCAGUCUGUAUGAAUGUAACCAGGGAAGAGAUGCCCCCUCCCAAGUGCCCCCUCUUUCAGGCAAUGCAAGUAAUUUGCGCACGUUCUUGUGGGUGAGGGAACGGUCCAGACAGCCAAUCGUAGGUCUGUCGACUGUGUACGAGUGUCGUGGUGCGUCUGGGGAUUCGCUCUACUUGUGCAAGACCUGCAGUCAGAAACUCCGCGUCAGUGACAUCUGCCAGCAUGUGGUCGGCUCGGACCACCAGGUGAACUACAUGCUAAGAUCAUAUCCUCAGUUUAUGGAUAGAUUUUGGGGUGAUAAUGAUCUGCAACCAGAGAUGAAAAUGGAACUCUUAAAGGACGUCGCUGAUGCGGUCUCCAGGCAAGAGCAAUCGAAGGGGAUGGAUGCAAAGGUGUGUUUUCUCCUUCAAGACGUGUAUGACUAUGUUUGGACCGCACCCUUCGAUGAAGCUCUUGACGUCCUGCAGAACGGACAGCCUGUCAUCGCAUUGACGCAAAACGAAAGAAGCCAGAAAUCAAAAGAACGGAUUGGACAUUUGGAUGUGAAUGUCAUUCAGUCCGUGGAGCCUUCACUCUCUGCAGCUAGCAUGUCCCCGGGUCCCUCAGACAUAGAAGAACACAGAAGGUCCAUUUCAAGUCCCAUCUCCAAUACAACACCUGUUGUAUUGCCACAGUCUGGGUCCACUUCAACGUAUGCGCCUAUCUCAAGGACACCACCUGGGUCUCGACAGGUUAAAGAGGAAUGGGUGCCCACGGGGUGCGGCGGGGUGCCCACGGGGCGCGGCGGGGUGCCCACGGGGCGCGGCGGGGUGCCCACGGGGCGCGGGGUGCCCACGGGGCGCGGGGUGCCCACGGGGCGCGGGGUGCCCAUAAGCGUCUCAAAGACUCAGGCUCAACUGAAAAAUGAACCGGCCCUGGCAGAAUCAGCUGAUCAUGGAGAUCUGCCCACGGAGUGCGGGGUGCCCAUAAGCGUCUUUAAGACUCAGGCUCAACUGAAAAAUGAACCGGCCCUGGCAGAAUCAGCUGAUCACGGAGAUCUGCGCACGGAGUGCGGGGUGCCCACAGAGUGCGGGGUGCCCAUAAGCGUCUCUAAGACUCAGGCUCAACUGAAAAAUGAACCGGCCCUGGCAGAAUCAGCUGAUCAUGGAGAUCUGCCCACGGAGUGCGGGGUGCCCACGGAGCACGGGGUGCCCAUAAGCGUCUCUAAGACUCAGGCUCAACUGAAAAAGGAACCGGCCCUGGCAGAAUCAGCUGAUCAUGGAGAUCUGCCCACGGAGUGCGGGGUGCCCAUAAGCGUCUCUAAGACUCAGGCUCAACUGAAAAAUGAACCGGACCUGGCAGAAUCAGCUGAUCAUGGAGAUCUGGACAACCUCUCGACAACAAAGCCUCGUUCUCAAGUGAAAGAUGAAAUGACGCUCUUGGAUUCCAGAUCGCCUCCAGCGACUGUUCCUGCGCCCAAGACGCCACCUAGUUCACCAGUUAAACAGGAAUGGGCACUCCUGGAGUGCACAUCUCCUGCAGGUACCGGUUCCGUGCCCAAGACGCCACCUAGUUCACGAGUCAAAGAUGAAUUAGUACUUUCGGACAGCGAGUCACCUGUAGCCGCUAUUCCCGUCUCUAAGACGCCUCUAAGAGUACAAAUAAAAAGUGAAUUGACGGCCUCAGAAUGCAGAUCAACACCUCUUGCUGAGAAACGGUCGAGUUCGGACCCUCUCGCAACCGUCGGUUCAAUUCGUCAAGAUGAAUACCUCCCUACCAGGAGGAGAAAAGCUCACGAGUCUCUCGGGGAACUUUUUAGAAUUUGGUCCAAUAAGAAGAAAAUGGAUGAUCCUCAGCCAGCCAAAUGUACAGGCCACUCCAAUGUUGAUCCUGUGGGGCGUCGUACCCCCGGUGAUCAAGAGGUCUCCAUGGUAGAAAUCCUCAACGCGGGUACCAAAACCGAGUCUAAGAAACAAAUUGCCGACAGCCCUGACAGCUCCGCCGCCACGCUUUCUGUUGCUACGACAACGACAACAUGGUGCUCAAAGUCUGUGCAGACCGUCUCCACCGCCGCUCAAGAUACCAAGGGAUUGCAUUCAUCGAGUUGCAAGUUUGAAAAUGAUCCGCCCACAACCCCCGUGUCGGGCGACAACGGCCCUCCACGGGUUUAUACAUCCAUACGAGAAAAUCCCUCGUUUAUUUUGACAGAAGACAACACAACUGGCACGGACUCCGCCUGGAUGGGUGAUCUUCAACCCCAAAACCAGCUGAUUGAUGCUUGUGUGAAAACCAAGCAAAGUCUUGCUCAGCUACCACAACCUCGAGGCAGCACAGACGACUCGGAAGCUUUUCUGUAUCAAAGCGCCGUUUGUGCGAACGGUAUCGGUAUUGAGUCAAACCCUCAGGGAAGUGGCGCAACGGCAGGACCUACUAGGACUCCGCUACCAGACUUGGGGGGCUUUGGUUUCAGUUGGACCACAAAUGCUAACACAGUACCCACAGGUUACUCUGUGCCUAGUAACGCAGUACCCACGGAUUAUCCUGUGCCGAGUAACUCAGUACCCAUGGGUUAUCCUGUGCCGAGUAACGCAGUACCCACGGGUUACCCUGUGCCGAGUAACGCAGUACCCACGGAUUAUCCUGUGCCGAGUAACUCAGUACCCACGGGUUAUCCUGUGCCGAGUAACGCAGUACCCACGGGUUAUCCUGUGCCGAGUAACGCAGUACCCACGGGUUAUCCUGUGCCGAGUAACGCAGUACCCACUGGUUAUCCUGUGACUAACAAUAACGCAGUACCCACUGGUUAUCCUGUGACUAACAAUAACGCAGUACCCACGGGUUAUCCUGUGUCGAGUAACGCAGUACCCACGGGUUACCCUGUGCCUAGUAAUGCAGUACCCACGGGUUACCCUGUGACUAAUAACGCAGUACCCACGGAUUAUCCUGUGACUAAUAAUAACGCAGUACCCACGGGUUACUCUGUGACCAACAGUAACGCAGUACCCAUGGGUUACUCUGUGACCAACAAUAACGCAGUACCCAUGGGUUACUCUGUGACCAACAAUAACGCAGUACCCACGGGUUACCCUGUGCCUAGUAACGCGGUACCCACGGGUUACUCUGUGCCUAAUAAUAACGCAGUACCCACGGGUUACCCUGUGCCUACUAACGCAGUACCCAGGGGUUACCCUGUGCCAAAUUCCAAUACUUCAUACGUGUCCCAAAACGGCCACUCAAGCGUCCCGCUGGCAACGAGGUGGUUGAACCCACAAAUGCAGCAUUGGAUCCAGCAGUACUCGACCUGGGCAGGACCAGUGCAGACCCCUGAAAACGUCACCAAUGGUGCCACCUACUUGUGUCCCGUUCCUUUUGCUGCCACGGUGUCGUACUCCAGCCAUUCCCUGCUGCUGCAAGACAUGAACGUGCACGGGAACUUGUCUUCAUCGCAGUACAAGACACCAUCACAGUUGCCUAAAAAGGACGGAGGUUGUUCCAGUGCUUUAUGACGUGUGUACUAUAUUUACAGUUACACUACCUGUCUGGAAGGAGAGACGCGCUUCUGUUACUCCUUCCUUUUAAUGUUUUAUGUUGCACAUCAGAGUCUCGUGUUCUUUUGUAUUUUACAGUAUACACAAUCGCUGUGUAUGUUUACGUUGAUGCACCUUAUUUUAAAGUAUUUCUGGAAAAUAAAUGGAACUUUCUAACGA